GGAGCAUGCCGUUUCUCGCAUCACAAUACACAACACAAAUACCUGCAACUUAAUAUAUAAAACCACUUCUAACCCUCCCCCAAUACUUCAUUCCCUCAGCUAUUGUUGUCUUUAGCCAUACUUGGGGAGAGAUACUGCCUACAGGAGAGGGAGGAAGAGAGACUGAUCAGAGAAUCUGCAGCCCCCCAACCUUUCCUCCUUUCCUUCCUUCACUCUGCUGCUGCUCCACAGUCUGUGUGAAAGACGAAGGGAGGGAGAGGCAGCGGAGGAAGAGCUGCUGUUUGUCUCUGAGGCGCGGAGGGAAGAGGAGUGAACUGCGAGGUGCAGAGCAGAAACCAGUCAUUCUUCUGGUUCAUGCCGGUGUGACCAACUCAGCCUAGUCUCUGCGCACUUCUGCCACUGUCUGAGCAGCCUCUCUCUCUCACACACACACACUCUCACACACCACCAGGAGUCUGACAUCAGCAUCACAAGCAGGAAUACCUGUGUCCACUAAACGGUUGUGUGUGGAAGAGCAUGUUGUGACAGCCAUGUCUCUGGAGAUGGAAAAGACCAUCACCAAGCUGAUGUAUGACUUCCAGAGGAACUCCACCUCCGACGAUGACUCCGGUUGUGCUCUGGAAGAGUACGCUUGGGUUCCCCCCGGCCUCAACCCUGAGCAGGUGCACCAGUAUUAUAAUUCUUUACCAGAGGAGAAAGUACCAUACAUAAACAGCCCAGGAGAGAAAUAUCGCAUCAAGCAGCUGCUUCACCAGUUGCCCCCACAUGACAAUGAGGUACGUUACUGCAACGCACUGGACGAGGAAGAGAAACGAGAGCUUAAGAUCUUCAGCAACCAGCGGAAAAAAGACAACUUAGGCAGAGGGAACGUCCGUCCAUUCCCCCUCACCGUGACCGGGAUGGUCUGUGAGAAGUGCGGAGGUCAGAUAAAUGGAGGGGAAAUUGUAGUUUUUGCUGCCAGGGCGGGACAUGGAAAAUGUUGGCACCCUGGUUGCUUCGUCUGCUGCACAUGUGAGGAGCUGCUGGUGGAUCUCAUCUACUUCCUUCAGGAUGGGAAGAUCUACUGCGGCCGACACCACUCUGAGAGGCUGAAACCCCGCUGCUGUGCCUGUGAUGAGCUAAUCUUUGCCGAUGAAUGCACUGAGGCAGAGGGAAGGCACUGGCACAUGAAGCACUUCUGCUGCUACGAAUGCGAGACCACCCUCGGGGGCCAGCGCUACAUCAUGAAGGAUGGACGGCCACACUGCUGCAACUGCUUCGAGUCUCUUUAUGCAGAGUACUGCGACGCCUGUGGAGAACACAUAGGAAUUGACCAAGGCCAGAUGACAUAUGAUGGGCAGCACUGGCAUGCCACUGAGGAAUGUUUCUGCUGCGCUCGCUGUAAGCGUUCCCUGCUGGGUCGUCCAUUCCUCCCAAAGCAGGGGCAGAUCUUCUGCUCACGGUCCUGCAGUGCUGGGCAGGAUCCAGAGGAGUCUGACUCCUCUGACUCUGCUUUCCAAAGCGCUCGCUCUCGAGAAUCCCGCCACAGCACCAAGAUCGGCAAGAAGGAGCGCAGGAAUGCUGAGCAGGAUCGCCGGAGCACGGAGCCCCGCCAAUCAGCUCCUCCACCCAUGCCCGACCGCCUGUCUGCUGAAAUUGAUCCCCUUUCUGUUCCGAUGGACCGACUAAGCCUUUCAUCCAGUCAGACUCCGAGCAGGACGCCUAACCGUACACCGAGCCGCACUCCGAGCCGAGCCCCAAGCCUUAACCAAGUGUGGAUGAGCAGGGACGAACCCUACAUCCCAGCUUCAUACGAGGGCCCUAAAAGGGAUCCCUCCCCAACCCCUGCAUCCAUACACCUGCUGGGUCAGUGUAAUGCCAGGCAGGGAUACAAUCCCAACACAAACGCUCAUCCACCUGCCCAGAGUCCUGCCAACCCAGGCAAGAGGCCUGAUUCCUGGGGGAAGGAGCAGGGCAAUGCCAAGAGGACCCCUAUGGCUGCCCUGAGAGGCCACUCCUUCAAUGAGAACUGGAUCCAUCACAGCCAGGAUGAGUUCAGACCCAACAAGCUCCGUACCCAGAUGAGCUUCAAUGAGAUGUCCAGCCAGAAUCAGGGUUUCUCUGACAAGAGGAGUACCAGUCUUCAUGGAUUCCAGAGAGACGGCAGACCCCCGCUGACAAGGAGAAACCACAUCACAGCCAUGAGCUUCAACGAGCCCCUUACUCCACUAGAACAGACGCCUCGUGGAUCCAUGGACUCACUUACUAUGUCCAAUACUGCAGGUAACUCUCUGGAUGGGGCCACCAAGCGCCAGGAGCAUCUGUCCAGGUUCUCCAUGCCUGACCUGAGUAAGGACUCAGGCGUAAAUGUGUCGGAGAAGAGCAACAUGGGUACCCUCAGCUCAUCGGUCCAAUUCCACAGUACAGAGUCGCUUUCCUCUUCUCGCCCUUACAACAACAACAUGUACACUCCCCUGAGAGUCGGGUACCCACUUCAGUACUGGGAUGGCCCGCAAGACAUUGGCUUUGAUGGCAAAGGUCGUGUUGGGUUAAUGGGCAGCAGUGGGAACCUGCGGAUGGCUCCCAUGAGUGACAGGAUGCCACGCCGCCGCAUAAACGCCCAGGAGUCCGUUUCACAGCAACAGCAGCCACAACCGAGACCCCACAAACACCAUCGUGGGACUAACGGUAAUGGUCACCACCGCAGUGGUCGCCAUCACAAACGCUCCCGCCGCUCGCGCUCUGACAAUGCCUUGCACCUAGUGGCAGACCGCCCGAGUCAAAUGGUGGAGCUUCCCUAUCGCCGCGUACAAGAGGAUUACGACCGCUUCCCCUCUGGUCAAGCUGCUCGGGAGUUGUAUGGCGUGGACUCAGGCGGGCACAGGCAGAUGCCCCACCGGCCUUGCCCGCGCACCACUUCUGACCUUACUCUGCAAAAUGCUGGCUGGCAACCAGUAGGACUGGGUGGGCCAUGCUGGAAUGAUGGCUACAUGGAGGCUGCUGACCCCUGGUGCUCCAGCUGCUCCUCUUCUUCUGAAUCUGAGGCUGAUGAGGGGUAUUACCUGAGCGAUCCAAUCCCUCGGCCUGUGCAGCUGUGCUACAUCAACAAUGAGGAGCUGCGCCACCGCUACAGCCCGUCUGGGAUAGGGGCCCAUCACGGGCCUCUGCACGGACCGAUUCAUGGCCAGCUCCACAGCCGCCAGAGGAGGAAGAGCAAAAACUGUAUAAUUUCCUAGAUGUAGAGCAAGGAAAUGAGAAGGGAAGGGAAGAAGAGCGAAGGGAAUUAGAAAGGUAAGAAGACAGAAGAAAGUGCUUGAGAGGAGGAACAGAAUGAGUGGGAAGGUGAGAGUAAGACAGCUGAGAGUGUGUUCAGGGUGUGUGUGUGUGUUUCUGUGUUUGGCAGGGUUUGAGGGAUAAAAAAGCCAAUUUCUUUGGGCUUGCGAGCUUACACAACUCUACACUGGGUUAUGGUUGUGUACACCUACACAGAAUGAUCUAAUCAUAAGAGGAAGCUCAGCUGGCUUACACAACAAGAAUGUUUACAGUGACUGAGACCAACUCAACGAUGGCACCAGGAAGCACUAAUGAAUUGGACUGCUUAAUAUGCCGUGGUCAAGGUAUAUAACAUGGUGUACGUGCGUGUCUGUCUGUGAGUGUAUUCAUGUUACAGAGAAUCUGAACAAUUUCUUUAGUCUGAAACGGAAAGUAAAGCUGCAGCGCUCUGCGAGCUCAGAGAACCGAGCCCUGAGCAGCCGACUUCUUCUACGCGGACCGACAAGAAAUUGUGCUGGGAUAGUGAAAGCUAUGUGCUAGAUUCCAAGCUACGUCAUUGUUUACCUCUGUGGAAUCAAAAUGCUGCUGGAAUAUAGUGUUGGCUUCCUAGCCCUGUUAUCAGCUUGUACAAAUAAAUAAAUAAAUAAAUAAAAGUCUAUUGAAACUUGUGCUCUACAUAGCCAGCUCUCCAUGCUUUACCAAGGACAGAGCGCCGGGCAGCCUCUGCUCCUUGGCCAUUCAGGCACAGUAACGUCAGGUAUGGUCCUGUUUUCUUUUCUGCAACAUGCUUUGUUUUACUUACAGAUGGUUAAGAAUAAUUAAAUAGUAAUAUUAACAAUAAUGAUAUUAACAAUAAUAAUACUAAUGCAAACAAUAAUUAUAAUGAUAUUACAAAAAAUACCUGCUAAAUGUAUAUAUAGUAAUACACUUUAAUAAUAGAUGAAGUACUGUAAAUGUCUUGUACAUAUUGUCUUAAAUAUUUAUAUAUUUUGUAACAAAAGAAUCAUUAUUUGUAUAACAUCAUAGAAAUGGGGAGGCUUGCAUGUGAAUUUUGUUGUUGUCUCAUACUGAAAAUAAAGUGUACUUUAACCAGGAAACUCUAA